AUGGAAGAAAAAAAUAAGUUACCAUUUUAUAUUAAAAUAUGUACUUUGCUCCUUUUAACUUGGAUAUGUAAUUUUUACAAUGAAUUGAGUAUCUAUUACAAAUGCUUGGAUAAGAACAAUGAUAAUAUAAUAUUGUUUACAAGAAUUUAUCGAUUACUAGCAAAGCAUAAACAGGAAAAAUGUUCAAAUAUUGCAUGGAUGAUGGAAGAGAAACAAAAUAAUGGAGGAUACGAAAAAAAAUUUAAAUAUAAUAAUGAAAACGUAUUGAAAGGAAAAAAUAAAAUGCGAAAUGAAUGUUCAUUAGAUAAUGCACAAAGCUAUGGGCAAUCUAGGAGAAGUAAAUCUUCUGCACGCAAUAGGGAAAAUUCAUAUUUUAACAAAAGAUUGUUGGACAAAAUAUAUUAUAAAAAUAAGGUUAGGGAUGCUACGAUUGCUGAUUUUAAGUUUUUAUAUAGAGACAUAUCAAAAAAAUUAUAUAUGAUCUGGGCUUUAUUUAGCUUCAUUGUAUUAUAUGCAACGUCACUGUUACUUAUAAAGUAUUUAGUCUCAGAGAAAAUAUUGCAGAUAGACAUUAAAUUUCCAUAUUCUUUGGAUUUAAUAUGUUUAUUGAUAUAUGGUAUUAUAGCUGUAGGAGCAAUGAUUUAUCUUGGUAGAAAAGUGUUAAGAAAUGUAAAGUUCACAUAUAACAAAGAUGAUAUAAACAAUACGGCAUAUCCUUCUUCACGUAAAUUAAUUUUUUUGUAA